ACUUAGUGGCCGAUAAACCUUUUUUGGCCGAUUUGGAUGCUGAUAAACAAAAAGAUUCUACUGAUGAAAGUAUGGGAUUGGAGGAUUUAGGUUUGAAUAUCAAAGAUUAUGGGACCAAGGUUAAACUCUACAAAACUGGUUCUGAUAAGAGAAAUUUUGCCAAUAAAUUACACAAGAAUUUUACUGCUGAUGAAACCAACGAUCCUAAUAAGUUGCUGCUAGCAGACUUACAAGCCAUAGCUCCUAAUGCCGACCCAAAUGUUAAUGAUCAUUUUAUUUUUGACACUAACUUUGCUUUGCCCGAAAGUGAAGAAGAGAUGCAAUUAAUUUGUGAUGAAUUGGAGGCGGCUAAGUUGGAUAGCGUAAUGGCGGGUCGAUUAUUACAAGAAAAGAUUGACCAAAUUGCCGAUGAAAAACAAACUAUUGUUGCUGAUAUAAAGGUUAAGGAAGGGGAAAUUGAGGGUUUGAUUGGGGAGAUUUUAACUAAAAAACGAGAACGAUUAACUGCUUAUAAUAUCAGUAAAGGAUUUGCUAAAACCACCGAGGAUAAUCGUCGCUCUUUAUCAGAUCUCUACCAAAUCCAACAAUUACUUUACGAGAUUAGAUAUUUAGAAAAUGAUGGCGAUGCUACUGCUAAUAGUUCAAUAACUGAGGAAAAUACCGCUUUAACUGAAAUAGAAACUAUUUUAGAAGAAGCAGGUUAUUAUGGAGGAACAACCACUUAUUUAGUGAGUUACUUCCAGAAUUUGGCUUUUGUAGCUGGAGACCCAGAGAAAUUUGACAUCCCCCAAGCCAUCAGUCGCAUAAAAGCCGGUAAAUAUAAAGAUAGUGAAGGCAAAGAACAGGAUGUCCGCUUAUUUGGUGACUUAACCAAGUUUAAAACUCAUUUUGAAAAUAAAGAAAAGUUGGUAAAACUAACUGAGUGGGAAUUGGAAGCCAAACAGGCAAUUGAAAAAGCCUUAAAUCAGGAUGAUAACCAGCAGGAAAAAUUAAGCCAAGUAAAAAAACACGGCAAAAUUGCUGACGUGGAAAGGUUGAUUAAAAAAGUCUUUGCAGAUGGCAAAAUCAAGUCUGAAUUCUUGGAAGAAAUCAAAAAGUCAGAUGCUACUUUAGUAGAUUUAAAAUCCCUUCUCCAAAAAGAACCCAAAGACAUUAUUACUUAUAUUGCUCGUUUUGAAUAUAAUCAACUACCUGACACGGGAGAUGAAAAAAAUAAACAAAAAACCCAGAAAAAAAGAAGAAUUGCCAAAAAGUUGAGUAAAACUAAUGAAAGCGAACUUAAAGAUGAAGAAUUAAACGAGAGUCUUUGUAAAAUAGAAAUAGGAGAAUUAACUAUUGACAAUACUAAAUAUUACAAGGCGGAUUUGAGUGAGAUUACCACUAGCGAGCAAGAAGAACAAACCUUUUGA